AUGACCUCAAAGAGAAAGGAUGGGGCAGAAGAGGGGAGCGAGGCGAAGCGGCAAAAAGUUGAGAGAAAUGUGAAGGACGAACCGGAAUCCCAACCUGAAGUAGUAGACCUCUUGGAAGAACAGCCGGCAACAGAGAGUCGAGCAAACUCAGGAGACAAAGAAGAGAAGGAAAGCGAUGAGGCAGGGGUCACGCACUUUACAUUUGACGGACAAGAAUACAAAUUCAAGGAGAGAGCCAGCGUUAUUGAAGAGAAGGAGGGGAAAAUCGAGUUUAGAGUAGUGAAUAAUGACAAUACAAAGGAAAACAUGAUGGUUUUGACGGGGCUCAAAAACAUUUUCCAAAAACAGCUUCCUAAGAUGCCCAAAGAGUAUAUCGCGCGACUGGUGUACGACCGCAGUCACUUGUCGAUGGCUGUCGUACGAAAACCGCUUACAGUUGUAGGCGGAAUUACUUACAGGCCCUUUGACAAUCGUGAGUUUGCCGAAAUAGUAUUUUGUGCGAUUAGUUCAACAGAGCAGGUCCGGGGUUACGGUGCACACUUGAUGAACCAUUUAAAGGACUACGUGCGAGCAACUUCGAAGAUCAAGUACUUCCUCACUUACGCAGAUAAUUAUGCCAUAGGGUAUUUCAAAAAGCAAGGUUUCACAAAGGAAAUAUCACUUGACAAAAGUGUUUGGAUGGGAUACAUUAAGGACUACGAAGGAGGUACGUUGAUGCAAUGCUCUAUGCUCCCGCGAAUAAGAUAUUUGGACGCUGCCAAGAUCUUACUUCUCCAAGAGGCAGCAGUCCAACGGAAGGUAAGGCUCAUGUCAAAAAGUUAUGUCGUUCACCCUGGUUUAAAAAUAUUCAAAGACCUUGAAAAUAUUAAACCAAUUGACCCUAUGGAAAUUCCGGGCCUGAAAGAGUCAGGAUGGACUCCAGAGAUGGAUGAGCUGGCUCAGAGGCCGAAAAGAGGACCCCACUUCGCGGCAAUGCAAAACGUUUUAACUGAAUUGCAGAAUCAUGCAGCAGCGUGGCCGUUUUUGCAACCUGUCAACAAGGACGAAGUUCCGGAUUAUUACGAAUUCAUCAAAGAACCAAUGGACUUGAGCACAAUGGAAAUAAAAUUAGAAAACAACCGCUACGAAAAAAUGGAGAACUUUUUCUAUGAUGCGCGUCUCAUCUUCAAUAAUUGUCGUGCGUACAAUGGCGAAAAUACAUCUUACUUCAAGUAUGCCAACAGACUUGAAAAAUUCUUCAAUACUAAAAUGAAGGAAAUUCCAGAGUAUUCACACUUAGUUGAUUAG